AUGGGCGUCGAAAAGACCAAAUACUUGGACCGUCCAAUCCCCACCAUUUCGCUCGCCAGUUACGAGUCACGCAUCGAUGAAAUCACCUCUCAAUUGGUGUCCGCCGCUGAGAAUGUAGGGUUCUUCUCUGUCAUUGAUCACGGUAUCACUCCCCAGGAGAUCGACGAGAUAUUCGCUCAGUCAGCUCGCUUCUUUACCCUACCAGACGAAACGAAGGCGCAAGUUCCCUUUUCUUCAGCAAACAAUGCUGGGUGGGAGAAGAAUUCGCAAGUCCGGCCCUCGACGGGUGCUGCUGAUAGAAAAGAGUCGUACCAGAUGCAGUUCGGCGCAAACAUGGAGGGCAAGUGGCUCGAUGACUCCGCUUUGCCAGGUUUCAAAGACUCGGCUCUGAAAUUUAUGUGGAAGGCACAAGGAGUUUCAGAGAAACUAAUGACUUGUUUCGCCAGAGGACUGGGUUUCGAGGAUGAUUACUUUAUCAAAGCUCAUGAUGUGAGGAGGCCGGAGAGCCAAACAGUGGCCAGACUCUUGCAUUAUUUCGAAACCCCUAAAGAGAAUAAGAAUGGGGAGAUCUUCCACCGAGCAGGAGCCCAUACUGAUUGGGAUCUAUUGACGCUUCUAUUCCAGAAAGAGGGACAGAGUGGCCUCGAGAUCUGCCCUGGUCGCGAGGCCUCCACAUCCUUCGCCCACGGAGACACUUGGACGAAGGUGGCUCCAUCUCAAGACGCCAUCAUCUGCAAUAUUGGCGACCUCCUGAUGUCCUGGUCCGAUGACCGUUUCAAGUCGACCUUUCACCGCGUCAAGGCACCCAGCGAGCCCGAUGAUUUUUACGGUGAACGCUACAGCAUUGCCUUUUUCAAUCAGCCUUGUAGAGAUGUCAUCAUCCAAGGUCCGCUGAAGAAGUACCCUGUGGUGACUGGAGAAGAAUUUACACGGAAUGCGAUGCGCAGGAAUUUUGAGGCUUUGGAGAAGAAGCGACUCGAAAAGGAGAAGUUGGAGGAAGAAAUGGAAAAGGUCCGAAAGCUGGUGGAGCGCGAGGGUAUCAGGGGUGCGAGUGUCGAGAGUGGUGGUAAGGUCGUUGCUGAGAUUGGCGCUUGA